AAAACUUGAAGUGUAAAGAAUUUCAGUGAUGUGAUAGUUGUAUAUAAUCAACUCGUUUAUGGUCAUCUAACCGUGCUAAAAAAUCGCGAUCUUAUAUAAGCGUUAAAUUAGAACAAGCUUUUAAAAAUACAGGUUUUUCACAUACAAUUGCUUGUUUUCGGACCUACAAGAUGGCUUCUUUUCGGCGGAUAUUUUUGUUAUUUUUUCUACUGAGUGCAUCUGAAAUGGCACGAGGUGGAACGGUACCGAAUUCUCCGUGCUCAAGUGCAAAUCGUGCAGCAAAUACGGCUUUAUGUUUGAAUGCCAUCAAUGAUUUGCUGUUUGAUACCAGUAAAUUUUGGUUCGGGGACGAAUAUGUAAAGAAUUGUCCGAAUGGAAUGGCCAGUGGUAUGCAGUGUGCAAAUCCGAAACCUUCGGGAACCAAUCUCGCCAACCGUACGUUCACAAACACGUCGAUAGUAGAGAAUGUUGAUCGAUUCCUGGAGCUACAUUUCGAGUCCGGAGGGAAAAACUAUACAGCAUGUGGCAAUCAUUUCGUAACAAACGAGACCUGGUCACAAGACAUUGACCCAACGUCUGACGUCAUAGUGUACCCUUGGUACGUACGGCACUUUCCAGCGUCUGUUAAUUGGGAUUAUGACAGUGGUGAUUUAUUUACACUGAUGGUAUAUGACAUCGGGUACUUUGUGUCACAUGGUAUCUACGUCAACAUUGAGGGUGACGACAUGACAACGGCAGAGGUUAUCAAAGAAUACCAUGGACCUUUAGUAUCAACACAACUUCACAUCCCCUACAUGUUUAUGUUGUUUAAACAAAAUGGUCGAGUAUCAGUUACCGAGGAGUGGAAGACAAAGGUGAAUUAUGAAAACUGGGGACUUGUUUGGACGGUGGAAGAAUUUUUAAGCUCUAUUAAUCUUAAUAAUAUGGUUGCUGUGAACUGGAUUGUCGCAACAGGAGACGCUUACGCUGCGCAAACUAUGAUGGACAAUCGUGUCAUUGUCAUGUGCCCUGCUUACGUCACAAAGGCGAUUCACGAGAAACCCAGACCAUUUAUACCGCAGUAUAGCAUGUUGUCUGUAAUGAUGGACAUAGAGUUUAUGUCAGAAGGCGGGAAUCUUACCGUCUGCUGCAAGGAUUAUACAUACGCACCACGUGACUUUAAGUUGAACCCAAUAGGUAACCCUAUAUUUAACACCUUUGAUGUCCGAACCGGAACUCCGUAUGCUCUUUCAUUGAUGAAGAUGGGAAUGUACCAGACUGCUACUGUAUUUUCUGGAGACGUGUACACUUUGAUAACAGUGGAUCCGGAUGUUCCUUAUCCGAACUUCGGUACUGAAGAAAGACCCCUUCUACACGGCAUGGUCACUAAUAUAAUUAAUGGCAAUUUAUCCACUGGUGAUGUUGGUUUGGCGUAUCAAGGACCUGCUCCCCCGGACAACAAGCCUCACUACUAUUAUUUCCUCUUGUAUAAACAACAGGCUGAGGUGAACGUCACAAAAAUGAUGAACUACGUCGGUGAUAACUGUGGAACUAGAUGUUUGUAUAACAUAAACCUUGCAGUGGCGGAAAAUGGUCUCACGCUCGUUGGUGCCACUUGGCUGCGCGCGACCACUGACGAGUAUGUUAUUUAUAGAAAUAUUGAAAGAGACAAUAACGAGGCUCAACAGUGUCAAGGUCGGGAAGGAUAUGAGAACCCAUGCCCAGUUUCCAAGGAGGCUUGUUCGCCUGACAACCGUGCACGUGACCUUAGCACGUGUCUGAAAGGAAUAGAGCAAAUCAUGUACGAUACAGACAACUUUUGGUUUGGUGACGAUUACAGCAAAACCUGCCCGAGAGGGGAGGCUAGCGGGGACUUUUGUCAUAACCCGAGCCCUCUUGGUACAAGCAUAGCGACACGGGUGUUCACAAGUCUUGAUGCAUUGAAUAGAAUAUCUCUAGAUAGGUUCUUGAACUUGCAUUUUGAGUCAACAGGAAAGGACUACACUGCUUGCGGCAAUACAUUCAAAACAACGGAAGUAUGGAGAAUGGACGUGAAUCCCACCUCUGACGUCAUCGUAUAUCCCUGGUACGUGAAGAAUUUCCCGGUGACGGUUAGUUGGGACUACACUGCCGGGGACCAGUUUACGCUCAUGGUGUAUGAUGUAGGAUAUCUCAUUACACACGCUGUUUACACAAAUAUCCAAGGAAAUGACAUGACAUCCGCAGACGAUAUCAAGCCAUACCAUGGACCACUGGUUACCAAUGAUAUGCAUAACCCAUAUAUAUUCUUGCUCUUUAAACAAAACGGCCCAAUCACGGUCUCUGAGGCGUGGAAGACAAAGGUUCGAGGUCAAGGUGAAAAGUGGACCAUUGACGAAUUUGCCACAGCGUAUAACCUUCAAGGACCAGUUGCGGUGAACUGGAUAGUUGCUACGGGCGAUGAAUGGGCAGCCGAGACCAUGAUGUCACGUCAGUUGUCAGCAAAUUGUCCGGUGUUUGUUACGAGAGCAAUGCAUGAAAAGCCACGGCCUUUUAUUCCUCAAAAUACAUCAUUGUCGGUAUGGGUGGACUUAAAAUUUAUGACUGAAGAUUACAAAUAUACAGUUUGUUGUAAAGAAUACGAAUAUAGUGCCCGCGAGUUUAGUUUGAAUCCCAUUGGUAAUCCAGUUUAUCCCACCUGGGAGGUACGGACGGAGACCAAACAUACUGUAACGUUCAUGAAACAAGGCACUUAUUCACAAGCUCAAAAUUUUACAGGUGACUGGUACACCAUGAUCACGCUGGACCCUGACGUCCCUAGCAGCACCGCCGGAACAGAGGAACGCCCAUUACUUCAUGGUAUUGUUACAAAUAUAAUGGACGGGAACGUCUCAACAGGUCACGUGGGAAGGGCGUAUUCUGGUCCUACACCGCCAGAUAACAAACCGCAUUACUAUUAUACUCUACUGUACAAACAAAAAGCAUCUCUGAACGCGACAGAAAUGUUGAAUUAUGCAGACAGUUCGUGUUCGGGUGGACUAGUUGGAAGAUGCUUAUUUGACAUUAACCGGUUAGUAUCCGAAAACGACCUCACUUUGGUUGGAGCCACGUGGUUCCGGUCAACCACUGACGACUAUGUCUACUAUCGACAAAUAGCGCGGAAUCCGAGCCAGGAAACAACAAUAUGUAAAGGAGGGUACAGCAAUUACAUUGACCCGACAUGCCCCGUUGCCAGUAGCAACAUACUUAUUCCAUCUUUUGUUUCAAUUUUUAUUGUUGCUUUUAUAGCAAAUUUGUUUACAUUUCCCCAGUGAUUCAUUUUUGCCAAAUGUUCAGAAAAAAUAUUCUUAAGAAAAACGUACCUCUAUAGUUUGUUUCAAAAUCAUAUCAAUACAAAAGUUGCUUAAAGAGGUUGAUCUGUAUAUAAUUAAGGGACAUUAGCUUUUUUUCGGUGGCAUUCUUUAUCUAACUUUCUAAAUCGUUCUAUAUAUAUACCUCUAUAUUUAAUUCUAAAUAUGUUAUUUUUCUAAAUCUAUAUAUCUUAAAAUGUUAUUUUCUAAACAUGUUAUUUUCUAGAUAUGUUAUUUUCUAAUUAUGAGAUGUGCUUACUUGUACAGCGGAAACUUCUUGCACUGUACAUGUAUACAUAAUAGAAUCGUUGUAAAACCUACACAUGUGACCAAAGGCUUCCAAAUAAUUCUUAAAUCAAUUAUAAUGUGUGUGCAAUCAACCAUUAAAAUUAAUGUUCAAUUUUACUUUAUGUGGAAGAGUACAGAGGUGUUUUGUUUACUCAGAAUUAUUAUUUAUAAACAUAAACACGCGACUAAAUUGUAUCCAAACGGUUUUAUAAAUUUCUCAGUUCUAUGUGCCAUCCACAAUGAUAAUACUUAAUUUUUUAUUUCCAAAUUUCAGAAUUCUGUUUUUAUUCACCGUUUUUGUAUCUAUUACAAGUGUUUUAUUAUUGUUACUUAAUCAAGAAUAUGUAAGAGAUUUAUAUUGAAUGUUAUAAUUGUCUGCAAAACGAAGAAACUACGCAAUUUGUUUUAAAAAAAUAACAAAUCAUCCUUAUCGAAUGCAUUUUAACGGUAAUUUGACAAAACAUUUGUCCAUGUGUUUUACUCUUAUACUUUUUAUAGCUUAUUUUCUUUCUUGGCGUUGACAGCUGCGCAAAUGUCAUUUGCACGUGCAAUAUGAUACCGGACAAAUGUCACUUGCAUGCUUGUUUGGACGAAACCUUGUUUAUCUCGAUUUGAACAUGUAAGGAUGAUAUUUUGCAAGCGUCUUUUAUGUUUUCUUGGCUUGUUGAAAGCUUUGAUUUUUGUUUGUACAUGUUGGGGCAAUAUUUUGUGUUUUAUCUUUUGCACGGCAUAUAAGUGUGUGUCACUUCUCGCAGAUGUACUAUAUAAAUCAAAAUAUUGGCAUUUAUUUUCAAUUAUAAGUAUAAAUUUCAUAAUUUUAUGUUCGUCUUGGCAAAGAUAUAGCUGUAUUUGUGUUUUGUUUAUGUGUUUAAUAA